AUGAGCGAAAUUUUAUUGACAUAUCAUUCAUCUACGAUUAGAAAGAGCGACCUCCUGUGUUUGAAUCCAUAAAGUUGGCUUAAUGAUCAAGUGAUCAAUUACUUCUUUGAGUAUAUCUCGCAUGAACUUAUUCCUAUGGAAUACAACAAAAGAAUUAAGCUUCUUGAUCCAGCAGUAGUCGCUGAUAUUUAUAUGACCAAUAAAAAAGAAGAUCUUAUAGAAAUGUAUGGUCAUUUAGACCUGCAUCUUGCUGAAUUGAUCAUAAUGCCUGUCAACAACAACCAAGAUCCUACAUCAAUGAGCUCAUGGUUCUACUUCGACUCUUCUCAUGGUGAGUAUUCUAUGAUAGAAAACACUGCGGCACUCAUGUAAAAUAUGAAAUUCGUACUCAAACAAGAAAAAAUCAAAGAAACUCAUAAAUAACCAUUCAAUUUUGGAUGGGGACUUAGUAAUCUGAAUCAAAGUAUGAAGAUUGAGUAUGUGGAUAACAUUCCUAAGCAGCACAAUAAUUAUGACUGUGGAAUAUACUUAAUGAGCUUUGCUGAGUCUCUAGUGCUCAACUUUAUAUCAAGAGAUGGCAACCUAGGCGAUCUGAAGUACAUAAGUCCUAUUAUUCUUGCACACAUUGAUAAGAAGUAUGUUUACACCAAAAGAUUAGAGAUCAGAACAAUGCUUUAUAAUAUGAUCAAUAUUGCUGAUUUAGAUUUAAUGGAAGCGAGAGUAAUGGAAUUAGAGAGAUAUCUAGGAAUUGAGGAUUAGGACAUGCAGACCUACUAGGAAGCUUAACUUGAGACUCUUGAUAAGAAGACUUAAAAAAUGGAUGAUUUCAUUAAGGUGUUAGAGGAUAAGCAUUUCUUUCUGAAUGAGCUCUUUGAAAAAUGUAAAUACUUGUUUAUUUUAGUAAUUUCUUAUGCAGAUGAAUAAAUGGAGAGCUUUUUGAAGAAAGAGCCAUCUUUUAAGACAUAGUGCAUGGAUUUGUAGAAGAAAAGUAAUUUGAUAUUGGAGUGUCAGUAAAACUUAAAUCAGUUUGUGGAGUAUCUUGAAAAUAUCUAAAAGCUAGAGCAGUAUCUUAACUUUGAGCCAGUCUUUGAUGUAAAUGAGAAACUUUAAGACUUAAAGAAGAUUAACAUAUAACAUGCUAGUUAAAUGAUAACUUGCUAAUAAAACUAAUAAGAGGUAGAAGACCUGAUAGUAACUUAUAACGACCUAGUAGAGAGAAUCAGUCAUCAAAUGAUCUGCCUCGAAGCACAAGUUAAUGAAAGAGUGAAAUGA